GUCUCUGAUCGCGGAUGAAUCUAUAUAACUCUGUGGUACCUUUUGUUAGGGAGGAAAUAGUUCCAGCUAAGGCGGAGUUGUGUCGUGUUUUCUUGUUUAGGAGCAAAUAAUAGUUUCUUUUUCGAAAUGCCGAAUAUAAAACUGCAAAGCUCUGAUGGCGAAGUUUUUGAGGUUGACGUUGAAAUAGCGAAGUGUUCAGUGACAAUUAAAACCAUGUUGGAAGAUCUUGGAAUGGAUGAAGAUGAUGAAGAAGUUGUUCCUCUGCCAAAUGUGAACUCUGCAAUUUUGAAAAAAGUGAUUCAGUGGGCUACUUACCAUAAGGAUGACCCUCCUCCACCAGAAGAUGAUGAAAAUAAGGAAAAGAGAACAGAUGAUAUCAGUUCAUGGGAUGCAGAUUUCUUGAAAGUUGAUCAAGGAACACUGUUUGAAUUGAUACUGGCAGCAAAUUAUCUCGACAUAAAGGGUUUGCUUGAUGUCACAUGCAAGACUGUUGCUAACAUGAUAAAGGGCAAAACUCCAGAGGAGAUACGCAAAACCUUCAACAUAAAGAAUGAUUUUACUGCUAGCGAAGAAGAACAAGUCCGCAAAGAAAAUGAGUGGUGUGAGGAGAAGUAAAAAGAUUGCUCAAGUCACUUAAAAUUUUAUUUGAAUUUAUGUAUACACAAUUGUAAUCUCCAUCUUCUCCCUUCUGUUAAUUGUACCUAAUCAUAUGCUUCUGAUUGUCCAACCACAUAAACUUCGUGCAUACAUUUAUUGUUAAUGACAUAGUGUAUCUUAACACAGAUGUGCUGCCAAGUCAUCAUAUAAAGCUGAUGAUGCAAAUGUAUAAAGCAAAUUAGAAAAGGCUUUGGCAGUUGUACAUUUAAGUACACUUACGCAAAUCCAGGGUUUUUCCUCUUUAUUUUGGUUAUUGCAAAAUAAAAGUUCCUUUAAGUGUAUGACCUCAGUAUUUAUUGUCAGUUGUAAAACAUAUGUGAAGUAGAUUAGAGAGAAAUCUGUUAUAGACUGCAUUUUAAUAAAACCUUACAUAAAACCAA